UUAACCAACCCGCCCCCCCACCUCUCUCCUCACAGUCCUAACCCUGCACGUCCCGACGCGUGUGAGACUAGCCCUAGUUAGAGGUGGCGCGAGUUGCGAUCUGCGGCUUGCGGUUUCCGGACUUCCCCCGCUUGCGGAGCUUUUGAGGAUGAGGACGGCGACCGGGCAGCGUUUGCUAGUCUUCGUCCCGUUGUUGCUGCUGCUGCUGCUGCUUCCCCCACCGCCUGGAGUUUUGGGGUUUGUUGCUUCUCUAGACAGUGACUUCACCUUCACGUUACCCGCCGGCCGGAAGGAGUGCUUCUUCCAGACCAUGAAGAAGGAGGCCACGUUGGAGAUCGAGUUCCAGGUACUAGACGGAGCAGGUUUAGAUGUGGAUUUUCACCUCGUAUCGCCCAAACAUGAAACCAUAGUUUUCGAACAGAGAAAAUCAGAUGGUGUCCACACAGUGGAGACAGAGGAAGGUGAUUACAUGUUCUGCUUUGACAACACAUUUAGCACCCUAUCAGAGAAAGUGAUUUUCUUUGAACUGAUCUUAGAUAACAUGGGAGAAGAAGAAGAUGAUUGGGAAAAAUAUGCAACUGGAACAGAGCUUCUGGAUAUGAAGUUAGAAGAUAUUCUGGAAUCUGUCAACAGUGUGAAGGCUCGGCUUGGCAAAAGCAUUCAGAUUCAAAACCUGCUCAAAGCAUUUGAAGCUCGUGAUAGAAAUAUACAAGAAAGCAAUUAUGACAGAGUAAACUUCUGGUCCAUGGUCAACCUGGCAGUAAUGAUUAUAGUGUCAGCUGUUCAGGUUUACAUGUUGAAGAGUCUGUUUGAAGAUAAAAGGAAAACUAGAACUUAACACAAGAGUUUCAUUUAAAGCAAUAAAUAAGGGAAUUUGCAAUACACUGAUUAAGGAAAAAAGAUGGCUAUUACUUCUCAGCUGUUUGGAAUGGAUAAUAACCUUCACAUGCGAUUUUUAAAAAAUUACGAACAGAGUUGCUUUUCUCUAACGGUGCAUAAUUUGUCUCUGAUACCAUUUGUCUUGCACAGAAUACUGGAGCAAUGCCAGUUUUUUAACAUUUGUAAUUAUGUAUACUUUUUGCCUAACUUUUUAAAAAAAGUAAAUGAUUUGUUUCAUAACCUUAUAAAGAUGUGUUUUCAAAAUUUAAUGACCAGAGUCGAAUAGAAAUGCUGAAAAUAAGCCUAUUAUUAGAUCGGCUGUUAAAGUGAAGCUUCUUGUGAUUUAUUUGUACUAAGAAAUUUUCAAAAUGAAUGUUUGAAAUGCACUUGUUCCAAACUCCAGCAGUUCACAGACAUUAAUAGUCAAUAGGUGGAAUAAAAUCCAAGUCACUAAGUCUAUAAAGCAAAGUUGUAUUGGUUCAGCUACUUGGGUCCAAAUUCAGAAGUUAAUAUAGUGAAUCAAUCUUUGUAAUAAUUCAAAAUGAAAACUAUAUAAUCUAAGUCCUAGAAGAAACAUUUGUUCAAAUACCAUACUUAAUUACCAUAUUUUUUGGUGUAUGACGCACUUCCCCCCAAAAAAUAGGGUGAAAAUUGGGGUGUUUCUUAUACACCAAAUGUAACCAGCCCCCACCCUUUUGAAGCUUUUGGAGACUGCAAAUGCAGCCUCCCAAAGAGAGAGCCUCUCAAGCAGAUUUUUUUUUCUUAUUUUCCUCCCCCCCAAAUAAGGUGUGUCUUAUACUCCAGAGCAUCUUAUACUCCGAAAAAUAUGAUAUGUAUUGAAAACUCACUUUUCUUCUCAAAUUUUUAUGUAAAAUUUUAACUUUGGAGACCCAAUAAAGGAGAGUAUUUGUAAUCAGGAUUGAAAUGAGGAGUCCUUGGUGCUCUCUGAGUUUGGUUGUUUUCUUGCAAAUGUUUCAUUGCCCAAAUUAGGUAACAUCAUCAAUGCUAGUUACGGUUGUGACUAGCCCUGCUGAUGUUACCUAGUUUGGAUAAUGAAAUGUCUGCAAGAAAAAAACCAAAACUCAGAGAGCAUCAAAGACUCUGGAACUCUGGAAUGCCUGGACGUAACAACCUAUGUUAAUAUUAUUAAUCUUAAUAUUAAUGUGCAUUAGGAUACUAGCAUCCUGGAAGAUGCUGCUGGUUUAAGAAUCACACUCAAUAAAAUUAACACAAGUUUAUGAAAACAUUUUUCAUACUGCCAUGAAAGCCUGAAAAAAGGUAUGUUGCUUUAAAGAACAGAAUGGUAUUGAGAUGUGAAACACUAAAAUCAUUUUUGAAGUAUGCACUGGUUUAAUAUACAUAUUGGAUAUCAGGAUUCAUUUAGUUUAAUUGGUUGACUUUGGAAGCUUCUCUAUGCAAAUUUAUCAUUUUAAGAAAUCAUAAACAUGGCUAUCUUUAUCAUUACAAUGUUCUCACUUUAUAACGCUGUCAGACAUAUGUACUACUCUUGAAUUAUUUGAGCAUUGUAAGGACUGAAAUUUUGGUUCAUUCACAAAGUUACAAUUAUUACUGUAAAUCAAUCUUUCUAGCACCAGGGACCGGUUUCAUGGAAGACAAUUUUUCCACGAACUUGGGGGAGAGAUGGUUUUACGCGCAACCUAGAUCCGUGCAGAUGAAGCUUCGCUCGCUUGCUGCUUAUGUGGCCCUACAGGGGCCCUUGCUGUAGAUCAUGGAUAAAUGAUUAACAAACGUUCUGGUUUCAUUUCUGGUACAAAUUUGUCCCUGAGGAAUUGGGUAUAGAAUAGUCCUGUUUUAGCAUGAAAUAUAACAUUGCCAUUUUAAUCAACUUUUUAAGACUUGAAUAGUAGCAGAAUGGAAAUGGAUAUUUGAUUUCAUUAUUCUGUUUAUGUAUGAUACGGGUGUGUGUGUUAUACAUACACAGGCAUGCAAAGGCGGAAAGCACGUACCAUCAUUGGAUGGUAUGAAAUGUUGCCUUUUUAAACAGCUCUUCAAUUCAGCUGAAUUGGUUUUCCUAAAGUGCUUUCCCACAUCUGUUGUAGGCCAAAAGUGAGGUGUAUUCUUUUAAAAACAUAUCCGGAUGAUUUUUAACUUUGUGAAUUAAAUUAUACCAAUGGUAAGAAUGAUUCUAAAAAAUGUGACUCAAAAGCAAGUUAAAGUACAGGUAGUCCUCAACUUUUUUGAGCCCCAAAUUUCUGUUGCUAAGCGAGAUAGUUAAGUGAGUUUUGCCCCAUUUUGAAACCUUUCUCACAACAGUCGUAAAGUGAAUCACUGCAGUUAAGUUAGGAACACGGUUGUUAAAUGAAUCUGGCUUCCCCAUUGAGAAGGUCGUAAAAGGUGAUCAUGUGACCCUAGAUCGCUGAAACUCACAAAUAUGAGUCAGUUGCCAAGCAGCUGAAUUUUGAUCAUGUGACUAUGGUCACAAGAAAACUGUUCAUAAGUUACUUUUUUCAAUGCCACUAAAUUUGAGCAAUCACUAAGCGAACUAUUGUAAGUCGAGCAAUGCCUGUAUAUGCUCACCAAAUUGUUGUGUAUCAGUAUUCUGCCCAGUGCUAAUUUGAAUGCAAGACAUACUCCAUAUCAGUAAUUCUACCAAUUUGGAUACUCAGAUUAUUCUUUAACUUAUGAUACAUUGAGUAACAGGCCAUACAACUUUUGAAAAAAUGUAUAAAAUGUAAAAAAUUCUUCAAUCUCACAGGAUCAAUAUAACCCAUAGAACUUUGUUUAAUGAAUUAUUCAAUUAAUGUACCCAGUAAAUUGAAACAGCUGAGGACUAAAUCAGAGUUGAGAAACAUUCUAGAAUGCUGUGAGCUUGUCUCACAAUUAAGUGGUUUUCUUCUAUGUAAAUGAAAGCAUAUCGGUUGAUGAGAAAUAGUACAGCUAUAAUGAAUGUUUCCACUAUUUAAUCUUCCAUUCAUACAACAGGUUUACCUAUUAAUAAGAUUUUGGUGAGCCUGAGCACCUAUACCCAAGUGUCCAAAUGCUAUAGCAAAUUUCAUGAAAACUUCAUUCUAUCAUCUACACAAUACUACUAUCGGUAAAUAAAUGUUAGAACUGAUUAUUUAAGGAACAAAAUGCAAGCAUUAUAUAUACCUAUUAACAUAUAUGCAAGUACGGAAAACUGAAUUUUAUUUCCAUAUUAUUAAUCUUGCAGUUGAAACAAACAUGGUACUUCCAAUGGUCUUGGAAUUCAGAAAAAAAAUGGCUGCGAUAGCUAUAGCACUGGUAAAGUUAUUAUAUAACAUUUUGUACAAAACAAAGCUGUGACUAGCUUUCUACCUCUAUAUUUAGCUACAACUUGCUCUGUGUCCUUUGCAGUGUUAAUGUUGCAACAACAACCUUAAAUCCAUAAACACUGCCUAACUGAGUUGUUUUAAUAAGUUUACUUUGUGGUAUAUUUUGUAUGAUACAAUUUAACAGAGCUCAGGAAUAAACAUUCUGCAAACAAAAUAUAGAUUUUUAUUGAGACGCAAAAGUGAUUGUGGGGAAAACCAAUAAAGGAAUAUUAAAUCAA